AUGUGAACCAACAUUGUAGUAAACGUCAAAAGAUUGAUGACAAUGAUGUCCCUGAAAACAUAAAGAAAUUUUGGAGAGAAUUUUGCGAUGUAAAAAUUAUUAUCAAGUUUCCAGAAAAUAUUGAUACCACUUUUUAUAAAUCAGAAAUAUAUUCUAAAUAUAUAACAGUUGAAAAGGAUCAAAUUGAACUAAAAAAGGGAAUUAUGAUAGACUCAGAUGGCAACUUAAUAAAAGAUGAUGGUACACAAUUGCUGUUUAAUGGUAGACCUUUAAGUUUCCCUUUCGAGCAAGAAUGUUUGGAAGAUGAAGCAAUUACAAUUUUAGGAGGUGGAGACAACACAAAUUCACAAGAAAGUCUAAAAAUUAGAUGGACAAAAUAUCUUCAUUUUACAACUCCAUUAAAUACAUUUUCUUGUGAAAAGGGGCCUUAUAAUAUGAUGAUACGGAAACAUUAUGUUCAGCUAAUCGAAAAGAUUGAAACUGAUCGUUCUGUUAAUGCAAAAGGUUGUGUUGUUAUUGGGACACCUGGUAUUGGGAAAACACAUUUUGGGAUAUAUUUUGCUUUUUACAUAACCCAACAUUAUCCAGAAAAUGAUAUAGUUUAUGAAUAUGGAGAAGAAAAAGAUGGAAUUAUUUAUCAUGUUAAACCAGAUGGAACUGUAAAGAGAGUGAAAGACAGAUUGAUGUUACAGGACAUACAGGACUCCUACUACAUUGUUGAUUCCAUGAAACCAGCAAUGUUCAAUACAAAAUAUACACUUCUGGUCACAACACAAAAAAGCAAGCGAUGGGAAGAGUUUGUGAAAAGAUAUCAUAUAUAUAAAUACUAUUCACCUGUUUGGACUGAGAAAGAAAUUUGGGGUCUUUGGCAUGAAAGCUAUUCAAAUAUUCCAGAGUGUCAGAUUCAAAAGCUAAUGAAUACAUGGGGGUGUGUACCAUGUGCAAUUUUUGGACAAGAAUUGGAAAUUCUUGAAGUUGUCUCUCAAUGUGACAUUGAAUCUUACCUUCAAUCUAAAGAAGGUGAUGAACUUAUACACUAUUCUGGCAAGGCCAUACACAUUUACCCUAACUCUGACUUUACCAAAUAUUCUUAUCAUGUUGCUUCAGAAGUAAUGUUGCAUGCUUUAUACAACAAGUAUUUGUCAAAAUAUGAGGAUAGAAUUGUUAAGCUAAUUAAGGAUUUUGCAGGUGGUGUCACCAGUCCAGUAUCUGGCAGAAUGUUUGAAAUGCUAGCUCAUGAUUAUUUAGCAAGAGGUGGUAAAUUUAAUGUAAAAUGCUUGUCCAAUGGUGCCAGGUCAGAAAGAAACUUUAGUCCUAUGCAAAAAAACAAGUUUUGUACUCUAAGUGAAAUAAAGUCUGGAUGUUACAAUUAUCCUGAGCAGAGAAAUCUGGAAGCUAUUGAUGCUCUUUUGCUUGAUUAUGGAAAAAUACACUGUUUAUAUCAAAUUACAAUUUCAGAACAUCAUGAUAUUAAGGUAAAUGGUCUCACAAAAUUGAAAGGUCUUUUGCAAGGAAUGCAAGAUAAUACACAAAUUGAAUUAUAUUUUGUUAUCCCUGAUAUAGUUAUACAAAAAAAUGGGAAUUCAAUAAAACUGAUUGAUGUAUUCACAGAACAAAAUUAUGUUACAAAGAAUUCUACAAUAUUUACUGGCUGGAAUCAAACUAAUAAAUGGAUUAAAGAUACUAUAGUUCAAUAUGCACUUGAGAUCAAAUUGACUGCAACUAAUUCAUUGCUGAAAUCUACCUUAUAG